UGUAGUCAUGGCAAUUCUUGUCUAGUAAGAUACAAAAUGAGGAAUGUGCAUGUUACUCUGCUGCUUAUAUCCAUACUAUGCAGUUUAGAGGUGGUUGCCUUGCUUUUGGGGAAAAGCAGAAGCCUUUCAGAAAAAGCUUCCCACAGAGGAACCAGAGAACUGAAUGCUCCACUUCCAAUAGAUUGCAAACUGAGCAGCUGGAGCGUGUGGGGGCCCUGUGACCCAUGCACCUAUCAAAGGUUCCGCUCUAGAAGUAUUGAAAGAUUUGGACAGUUUGGUGGAAAACCAUGCCUUGAGGCCUUAGGAGAUACACAAAGCUGCAAAACCAGCCAAGUCUGUCCUGAAGAAACAGAACCAGAUUGUGGUACUGACUUUCAAUGCGAUUCUGGUCGAUGUAUAAAGCGGCGACUUGUGUGUAAUGUAGAUAAUGACUGUGGAGACUUUUCUGAUGAAGAUGCUUGUGAAUCCGAACCAAAAUCACCAUGCCGUAACCAUGAUAUUGAUGUGUCUGAAAUUGGAAGGGCUGCAGGCCAAGGAAUCAAUGCUUUAGGGAUGCAGCCAAUGGCCAGCCCAUUUGACAAUGAAUUUUUCAACGGACUUUGUGAACGAGUGCGUGAUGGAAACACACGGACAUACUACCGCAAGCCGUGGAACGUGGCUGUUCUCAUUUAUGAUACAAAAGCAGACAAAAGCUUCACAUCUGUGUACUACCAUGACCGUGUCAAAAUGUUACGAGAGGUUUACAUAGAAAAACAAAAAUACUUUAAUGCUGAUAUGUCUCUCAAAUACACACCUACUGAAGGAAGUAAAAAAAAUUAUUCAGGAGUAGACUUCAAGUAUCACUAUAACAAGAAUUCAACCUUACAUUCUUUCCUGAAAAGCUUCACAGAAAGGAACCAAACCUUUCUGCAUGUAAAAGGGAAGAUUCAGCUGGGAAGAUUCCAAAUGCGGAGUCGUGAUCUUCGUUUCACAGAUAGUUUCCUUGAUGAUCUAAACCUUCUGCCUGCUGAAUAUGAUAAGGGGGAAUAUUUCAAAUUCCUAGAAGAUUAUGGAACUCACUAUGCAGUCUCUGCAACUGUAGGAGGAAAAUACGAACUUGUGUAUGUGCUGGAUAACUACGCUAUGUCUGAAAUAGGUGUCACCGUAGAAGAUGUGAAAAAAUGCCUUGGCUACCACUUAGAUGCUAAUAUUGCAUACAAAAACUUAGGUGCUAAUGUUAAUAUUGAUGGUGGUAAAUGUGAAAAGAUUCAUGCCAAGGACACCUCAGAACUUGAGGAUGAUGCUGUAAUUGAUGAUGUAAUUUCCUUAGUUGAUGGAGGGAAGAUUGACUUUUCAGUUAAGAUAAAAGAAAAGUUACUGCGAGGAUCCAAAGUGGUUGAUGUAGAGGAUUACAUAGAGUGGGCUAAGUCUUUGGUUGAUGCUCCAGUAGUGAUACAUCAAAGGCCUUCUCCAAUACAUACGCUUGUUCCAGUUAAGAUGAGAAAUGCAUAUUUAAAGAAACAAAACUUGGAAAGAGCAAUCGAAGACUACAUUACUGAAUACAGUGUGUGCAAAUGUGAACCCUGCAAAAAUGGAGGUACCCUUGUGCUGGUAGAUGGAGCCUGUACAUGCAUGUGCUCAAGCUACUUUAAGGGAAUUGCUUGUCAGAUUCCCAAAUCUACAUUUUUUAAAGUUGUCACUGAUGGAGGCUGGAGCUGUUGGAGUGCCUGGUCCACCUGCAUCAAUGGAGAAAGCACUCGAACUCGCCAGUGUAAUAAUCCUACACCAGAACCUGGUGGCAGACCAUGCCAGGGAGAAAGCAUUGAAAAACGGCCCUGUGGAGAAGCAAAAUAGUUAUGAUGCUUAAAAACAGAAAACAAUCAUGGAUUCCAAGCCAAUUCUACAAAUCACAAUUUCUGCUGCUGAGCAAGCUACCCAAGAAUGUCCUGAUUUAAAAGCAUUUGUAGCUUGAAUGAUUGCUAAUUAAAACCAAGUAAUACACCAAUAAACAUCUUAACAGACAUGA